CUGAAAUAGAUUGCUAUUAUAUUGUCCAACAAGGGAACUGGAAAUAAGAGAAAUCAUUUCUAGGCAUGGUGUAAAGUGAGAAAGUGCUAGGACACUUUAUUUAGCCAUUGGAUUUGGAAUGUUAAAGAAGAACAGUAUCCAACUAUUAUCAGAUUGGAAGUGGCUGAAAAGCUGAAUGCCGAGCUGUGAAUUAUGCCAUGUUUAUCUCAUAGAACCCAGAGAUCUUAACAUAGAUGGUGAGAGAGAGGGGUAGUGAUGUGUUGUCAAAAACUUCAGGUUUGAUUUGUAUUAUACCCACAGCACAGAAAAUAGUGAAUGCUGACCAGCAGCUAUUCCUGGGGCUGGGUUUGUUCACUUCCUUAGCAUGGUAAAGGUUACUCCCGGUUUGGAAAACUAAAGUACACCAAAUGUACACUGAAAUCCCUGUGCCAAAUCUAUUUGAAAGCCCAGAUACCAUUUGGUACAGGACUGAAAAGACUUUCUGAUCUGGGGUUUGUGUUAGUGUCCUUCUGCACCACAAAGGGCUCAUAAGAGUUAUGAUUUCAUUGAAUGUAGUAAAGGAAUAAUCCUAAUUUUCCUUUGAAUUAUACAAUCAUCUUUUUUUUUUUUUUUUUUUAACGAAAGGCUCCUGUUCUUAUAAUACAAACAUCUUCUGGCAUUUCGCUUUCUUUUUCACUCACACUGCCAUAUGACACUCCUAUCAGGGUUUCUGGUUUCUUCAGGGAAUUAACCUACAGAGCAUGUACAGCAAACAAUAAAAUAGCUGCUUUUCAAUGAAAAUAAAGAGCGGGUGUUUUUCCCUCCCUUCCACUGCUCUCUACCACUGCCCCAUCACGACUUCUGGAUUUCCUGCCUAUGGGCGGCGCACCCCCCCAUCUCACCCCUUGCUCCCCAGCUCUGUGUUUCAGAGCAGUCUGCGAGUCUCCAAGUCUCCGCGUGCUGUUCCUUCCUCUGCCUCGCUCACUUCCGACGGCACUAGGACCCAGGGAAGUCCUUGAGCGAGGUUCGAGGAAAGGCAGCCAGACUCCUCCUUAUCUCCAGUGUCAAACUUGACAUCAGCCUGCGAGCGGAGCAUGGUAACUUCUCCAGCAAUCAGAGCGCUCCCCCUCACAUCAGUGGCAUGCUUCAUGGAGAUAUGCUCCUCUCACUGCCCUCUGCACCAGCAACAUGGAUUGUCACCUCUCCAUCCUCCUCCUUCUCAGCUGCUCCCUUCUCAACUGCUUCGGGGAACUGAUUCUCCAACCUUCCAAUGAAGUCAAUCUACUGGAUUCAAAAACAAUUCAAGGGGAGCUGGGAUGGAUCUCUUACCCAUCACAUGGGUGGGAAGAGAUCAGUGGUGUUGAUGAACAUUACACACCCAUCAGGACUUACCAGGUGUGCAAUGUCAUGGAUCAUAGUCAAAAUAAUUGGCUGAGGACAAACUGGGUCCCCAGGAACUCAGCUCAGAAGAUCUAUGUGGAGCUCAAGUUCACUCUACGGGAUUGCAAUAGCAUUCCAUUGGUUUUGGGAACUUGCAAGGAGACUUUCAACUUGUACUACAUGGAGUCUGAUGAUGAUCAUGGGGUCAAAUUUCGAGAACAUCAGUUUACAAAGAUUGACACCAUUGCAGCUGAUGAGAGUUUCACCCAAAUGGAUCUUGGGGACCGUAUUCUGAAACUCAACACUGAGGUUAGAGAAGUAGGUCCUGUCAACAAAAAGGGAUUUUAUUUGGCGUUUCAAGAUGUUGGUGCUUGUGUUGCCUUAGUUUCCGUACGAGUGUACUUCAAAAAGUGCCCAUUUACAGUGAAGAAUCUGGCUAUGUUUCCAGACACAGUACCCAUGGAUUCCCAAUCCCUGGUGGAGGUUCGAGGAUCUUGUGUUAACAAUUCUAAGGAGGAAGAUCCUCCCAAGAUGUACUGCAGUACAGAAGGCGAAUGGCUUGUACCCAUUGGCAAGUGCUCGUGCAAUGCUGGCUAUGAAGAAAGAGGUUUUACGUGCCAAGCUUGCCGACCAGGUUUCUACAAGGCUUCGGAUGGUAAUAUGAAAUGUGCCAAGUGCCCACCCCACAGUUCUACUCACGAAGAUGGUUCAGUGAACUGCAGGUGUGAGAAUAAUUACUUCCGAGCAGACAAAGACCCUCCAUCCAUGGCUUGUACCCGACCUCCAUCUGCACCAAGAAAUGUUAUCUCUAAUAUAAACGAGACCUCGGUCAUCCUGGACUGGAGUUGGCCCCUGGACACAGGAGGCCGGAAAGAUGUUACCUUCAACAUCAUAUGUAAAAAAUGUGGGUGGAAUAUAAAACAGUGUGAGCCAUGCAGCCCAAAUGUCCGCUUCCUCCCUCGACAGUUUGGACUCCUCAACACCACAGUGACAGUGACAGACCUCCUGGCACAUACUAACUACACCUUUGAGAUUGAUGCCAUUAACGGGGUGUCAGAGCUGAGCUCGCCACCAAGACAGGUCGCUGCAGUCAGCAUCACAACCAACCAGGCUGCUCCAUCACCUGUCAUGACGAUUAAGAAGGAUCGAACAUCCAGAAACAGCAUCUCUUUAUCUUGGCAGGAACCUGAACACCCUAAUGGGAUCAUAUUGGACUACGAGGUCAAAUACUAUGAAAAACAGGAGCAAGAGACAAGUUACACCAUUCUGAGGGCAAGAGGCACAAAUGUUACCAUCAGUAGCCUCAAGCCUGACACCACUUAUGUGUUCCAAAUCCGAGCCCGAACUGCAGCUGGAUACGGGACCAACAGUCGCAAGUUUGAGUUUGAGACUAGCCCGGACUCUUUCUCCAUCUCUGGGGAAAACAGCCAAGUGGUCAUGAUUGCCAUUUCGGCGGCUGUGGCCAUUAUCCUGCUCACGGUCGUCACCUACGUCUUGAUCGGGAGGUUCUGUGGCUAUAACAAGUCAAAACACAGUACAGAUGAAAAAAGGCUUCAUUUCGGGAAUGGACAUUUAAAACUUCCAGGUCUCAGGACUUACGUUGACCCACACACAUAUGAAGACCCUACCCAAGCAGUUCAUGAGUUUGCCAAGGAAUUGGAUGCCACCAACAUAUCCAUUGACAAAGUUGUUGGAGCAGGUGAAUUUGGAGAAGUGUGCAGUGGUCGCUUAAAACUUCCUUCAAAAAAAGAGAUUUCAGUGGCCAUCAAAACCCUGAAAGUGGGCUACACAGAAAAGCAGAGGAGAGACUUCCUGGGAGAAGCAAGCAUUAUGGGACAAUUUGACCAUCCCAACAUCAUUCGACUGGAGGGAGUUGUUACUAAAAGUAAACCGGUUAUGAUUGUCACAGAAUACAUGGAGAAUGGUUCCUUGGACAGUUUCUUACGUAAACACGAUGCCCAGUUUACAGUCAUCCAGCUAGUGGGGAUGCUUCGAGGGAUAGCAUCUGGCAUGAAGUACCUCUCAGAUAUGGGUUAUGUUCACCGGGACCUUGCUGCUCGUAACAUUUUGAUCAACAGUAAUUUGGUGUGUAAGGUUUCUGAUUUUGGACUUUCACGUGUUCUAGAGGAUGAUCCAGAAGCUGCUUACACAACAAGAGGAGGGAAGAUCCCAAUCCGAUGGACAUCACCAGAAGCUAUUGCUUACCGCAAGUUCACGUCAGCCAGCGACGUAUGGAGUUAUGGGAUUGUUCUCUGGGAGGUGAUGUCCUAUGGAGAGAGACCAUACUGGGAGAUGUCCAAUCAGGAUGUGAUUAAAGCUGUGGAUGAAGGCUAUCGGCUGCCGCCCCCCAUGGACUGCCCAGCUGCAUUGUAUCAGCUGAUGCUGGAUUGCUGGCAGAAAGACAGAAACAACAGACCCAAGUUUGAGCAGAUUGUCAGCAUUCUGGACAAGCUUAUCCGGAACCCAGGCAGCCUGAAGAUCAUCACCAGUGCUGCAGCAAGGCCAUCAAACCUUCUUCUGGACCAAAGCAACGUUGACAUCACUACCUUCCGCACAACAGGUGACUGGCUUAAUGGUGUCCGGACAGCACAGUGCAAGGAAAUCUUCACAGGCGUGGAGUACAGUUCUUGUGACACCAUAGCCAAGAUUUCCACAGAUGACAUGAAAAAGGUUGGUGUCACUGUGGUUGGUCCACAGAAGAAAAUCAUCAGUAGCAUUAAGGCUCUAGAAACACAAUCAAAAAAUGGUCCAGUUCCAGUGUAAAGUGUUAUUUCUGGAAGGAAGCGGUGGCUGUGGAAGAUGUAGCAUCAUUCUAUAGACAGGCGAUAACGCUGGAGAUGCUGGUGGCAAGUCCAAGCCCAAUAAGACACUCAGAUAUGAAUACAAAUGCCUUAACAUGGAAUUGAAAGACUCUUUAUUUUCCCCUACCGUUUAGUGGAUGGGAGGGGGGGGGUUAUUUUGUUUUGUAAUUGCUUUUUUAUAUUAGUGGAUGGGUUAAACUAAAAUUCUUCAGCGUGGAAUGAUGAAGAACUAGCCUAGAGCCAUUGAUCAUAAACUGAUUAUCAUAAAAGCAGAACAAGUGUAAUAACAAAAUGAACAUGGUGGCUCUGUUUACUAAUAGCCACAAAAGAAAAGACUUGUGAUAUUUUUAUACACAGAAGAAAUCUGUAGCAGGUAUUUUGUUUCUUUAAAAGCAAGCAAAAUAGAGGAAUUUAUACCUCAAACUAUCUGGCCAUAUAUACUACCUUUUCCAUUGUAUUUUUCUCUUUUAUCUGUUAAAAGCAUUUAGAAGUGAAGCCUGUAGUUGUUUUAAGUACUAUACAUUUUUAAUUGUUAGCUUCUUAAGUAUUACCAUGUAAAAAUGUCUUAAUUUUGAAGAAAAGUACAUAUUUAUUUUCUUUUGAAUUCUUUUUUAUUAUUUUCUAUUUAUGCCUUGAUGAUUUAAUUAGGAUUUGUUACAGCCAAGUGCCAAAUGUUCUUUCAAAUUGUCAGCAGUUAAAAAACAUGGUAAACUAGACAUGGGGAAUGAUGGGUUUCUUUUCAGAAUUUCUGAACCAACAGCUUUUCUGUACCUAUAUCCAUAUAUAAAAAGAAAGAAACCGAACCCCUUCCCUGUUUAUACACUACUCAAAUCUGUUUGAAUUAUCCCAUCCAUUUUUGUCUCUCCAUUUAUUACAAAUGGUAUGCUCCUAAUUUAGUGUAAUAUACUGGUUUGUAUGUAAUGGAUUUUCAAUGACAUACCUGCCCUGCUCUGGUGCUUAGGAGACCAUCACCUCCCUCCAUUAGUAAAGGAGCUACAUUAGAGCUCCUAGGUAGAGAAUAGCUACACUGGAAAAAAUUGGAAUCCUAUUUAGAUUGCUGCAUUAAUUGGCAAUAAAGCCUAGAGGCCAAUGAAUGAGUCAAAAAAUCACUUGCUGACUGGCUUUGAAAUGUCACUUAAUAUCUUUGCUUAAAGUUGUUGAGCUAUUUACAGGGAAUAAUGAAAACUAAACUACUCAUCUGCAUCACUGAGGUUUGGUUAAUUUAAUUAAACAUUUUGAUCAUCAAUAGCAGGUAUUAUUAUCUUUAAGAGUCUUCCACUGAAAUACACCUGUUGUAAUUUUGGUGUAUAACUUAGAAGCUAUGAACUUCUCUGCAUUUGUUGAGCAUCUGAUUUUCAAACGAGCUGGUUAUCUAGCAAAUGACUCAAAAUCUGUAGACAAUGGAGAGAUCUCCCAUUGCAGGAACUUAGAUUUACUGUUCCAUAGGACCUAAUAUGAGUGUACUCAGUAAUAUUUGAAAAGAUAUACCUGAUGGAGAUCUAGCCACUAAUCUAUUGUGAAGCAACAUUUUAGUUCUAUUUAUAUUCUUUCUAACGCUGAUGGGAUCAUGUUAUGGGAAUAGGAAAUAAGAAAUGCAUAUGUCACAAGAAUUGAAAGAAUAAAUCAAAGCUGCAACCCUUAUGUUCUUAUGCAAAAUGGGACACUCUACAGCUUACAGUCACAGAUCAAACUUCACAAGUGUUAAUCUGUUGUAAAUUUAGUGUAAUAAGGCUUAGGUUGUGUUCCUUCAUGUAUGGGAUUAUUUCUUAGAUUUCUGCAAUAUUCCUUAUAGUCAAAUCAUCCUACUAGAAUUCUGUAUUGGAUAUAUAAGAGCAUGAAUUUUUAAAAAGAUAUAUGCGAUUAUGAAAUUAAUUACAAAUUUCACUUAUGCCUGCUAGAAGCAGUUAAAAGACUUUUUUUUUUUUUAAUCAGACAUUUUGUUUGUGUUGUGGAAUGUUCAUCGAGCCCUAAACCCGGCUUCAAUCUCAUUUUUUCCCAUACUAGCAUUUACUUUCUUAGGUACUAUUCUGAGCAUACUCAAAAUCUGUGCAUUUUAUAAAUUAAUAGAAGUUGAGAAUUGCUAGAUCUAUUUCACUUCUUUUGGCUGUGGUUUCCAUUUGAAAGUAGAGAUUAUAUACACAGUAUAUUGCUCUUCAUUUUUUCCACUAUUUUUCUAUCUGACCCUUAUAAAUUUACUUUACACGCUUUUUACCCUGUACAUAUGUAAACAUAACAGUGUACGAUUCUUAACUGUGGAGUAGAGGUACUAGAAUGCUGAUGGCCAUCUCUUUGUACAGGACCUGCAUUGACUUUCAAUAAACAUGAAACCACACUUCUUCACAAUGUCAUGUACCAUAUUAUCUGUUUUGUAUCUUAAAUUUGAUUUACAUAUAUUAUUUAUUUCUGGUAACUUGCCCAGUUUAUGCUGUGCUAAGUAUCAAUUAAGCCAUGUAUAAAUGUGAUAUGAUUGGCAAUAUGUAUUUACUUUAAACUUGUAUUUUCAAAAAUUACUCAUUUAGUUUAUAUGGUACAAUGUAGAUGGCCUCUUACUAAUGUAAAAUGAUUUGUAGUGGAAACAUUUAUAUUUUUAUAAUAAACAUAAUGAAAAUAUUUUUUA